GCGACUGCUGGUUCCUCGCCUGGCCCGGCCAUGGCGGCCGCUGCAGGAGCGGCGGCGCGCGGUGGCUCGAUCCCGGGUAGCAAGGCCGGCGGCCACGGGCUUCGGUCGCCGGGGAAACCCGUCGCGCUGGCCGACAUCACCAACACCGGGAGGCCCAACCCUCCCGGAUCCGUCCACGCCGUCGCCGACGUCCUCAAGGAGAACGCCAAGCUGCGUCAUCUGCUCGCUGAGAGAACUAAGGUAAUUGAAGUAAGCAAAAUUGAGAUGCAGAAGAUCCGCCUUGCACUGCAUGCCAUGCAACAGAAGAACCUGCAACUCGUGCAGGCUAAUUCGCAGAUGUUGACGGAACUAAAUCAAGGAAAAGAUAGACUUAAGUUAUUGCAACAUGAACUUGCUUGCACAACAGCCGUGCUCAAAGCAAAGGAUUCUGAACUGGAGGGGAAAAAGUUCAAGCCUUCCAAACGUGCACAAGCUGAGGCUCGUCAAAAGGCAGCAGCAGCUGUACCAUCUUAUACUAACUGUCAAGAGCCCACCCAGGAUAAAACAACCAAGAGGCACACAAAUAAGCGGAAGUCAGAAUCAUGUGAAGUUACAAAGGAUGCCAACACGGUGCAACAUAGUUGCAGACCUCACAAGCAAUCUAGUGGGUCAUUGCAUGAUGAUGAUCCAAGAAAAACUCUACGGAGAAGGUCUGCUAGAUUGAACCCUGCAUCUUUUGAGAUCACCGAAGUCUCUUGUGAUACCUUUCAUGAGGAUGCCACCGUUCCUUUGUUUCAUUCUAGUUCUAAUGUUCCAAAUCAGCAGGAACCAAAUGCUGGAAAAGAUAUGAGGACAUCAUUGCAAAAUGAACUUCUGUGUGAUGCCAUCGCACAAGUAGAGGCUCCAGAACUCAAGAAAAAUGAGAGAAAUAUGCACAUGCAAAAGGAAGUGCAUCUGGAGGAGGAGAUGCAAGAAGCAGGCUCCAGGGUUGCUGGAGUUGAGGCGGAUAAAUUUGAUAUUGAGGAUUCUAAGCCACCACAAGACAGAGGCACCAAGAGAAAAUCAAUGCGUAUUGAUGCAAAUAAACGGAAGCUGGAAUCAUGUGAGGAUCGAAUGGCCUCAAACAAAGAGGACUGCAAACCACUCCAGCAUGAAGAGAAGAGAACAAGGAGAAAAUCAUCAAGACUGGAUUCUGGACCUUGUGAGGUCUCAAAUGAAACUUCUGAGAUUGUCCAGGAAGAUAAAGUUGCCCCUUCUGCUCAUCCAAGUUCAAAAGUUUUGAUUGAGCAGACCAAAAAUGAUAUGCAAAACGGCUGCAGUUCCUCGACCAACCCUUCUGAAGAGCUGGUGAUAGGGAGAAGAUCUUCAGUCGGGAGGCCCUCAAGACGGGCAGCAGAAAAGAUAGUCUCCUACAGGGAGGUUCCCUUGAAUGUUAAGAUGCGACGAUCCUAACUGCCACUUACAUGCAAACAGAGGGACACCUUUGGCAUUUAUUUUAUGUAGAGUCCAGUUUGUUGUAUGAUAGUAGUAUCUAUCUGUUUUGCCAGCAUCAAUAGGUAGGUAACCCUUUGUCUGCCCCAACAUGGAUACUCACCCUGCAUCUCAGUUCCAAACUGACCAUGGAAAUCUAUCUGAUUUGAUUCAGUCUGGACUGACGAUGCGGAUUACAACCAGCAAACCAUUGCACCUGUUCUGAUGACGUAGAGAUCAUACAUCUAUAAUGUGGUUAGUACUGUUUUAUUUCCUUGAUGUUUCUCCUAUAUUGAGGGAUCAUCUGUAUCUGUUCAUCUUUUGUUUGUUCAAGCCUUGCAUGCAUGUACUACGAAUUGCUUACCUGACAAUCCUAAAUCAAACACUGUAAUGACCUGGGAGCUACUGCUGGGCCUGAUAAAUAGAUAGAAACUCCAGAUCGCUGGUGAAGCAGCAUCAUGGAUUUGGUUGUGUCGGCGCACAGACAGACAGCGAAUGGAUCUCACGCGAUCAAAAUCACAGUGGGACAUCGCAGUCGUGAGCAGGCAGAGAUCCAGCCUUCAUUUGAUCUGAUCAGCCAUCUCAUGAAACCGUGAACUUUAACCGACUGAUUUGGAUGGUUUGUUACAUAUGCCCUAUCGAAU